UCUAGGACCAGACCUGUGGUGCUGGUGACAGUGAGAAUGACCUACAAUCCGCGCACAAUCCCAGCUGACAACUCUGACUGCAGCAAACACCUACCUUACAUUGCAAGAGUGUGUUUCUCCAUGGUGAGCCGUACUCGGGGCCAAUCAGGAGAUCUGGAAGCACAGCUUAAUUAUACCUUGACUCUUGACGCCUUUCGAAGUGCUUUGCGGUCUCGUGCCUUUUUUGGUCCUUCCCAACCAUCCCUGACCAGAAUGCUUACCAUAAGAGGAACUUCCCGAGAUAAGUGUGAAGACCAUAAGUUCUCAAUACAAGCUUGCCCAGAAGAUGCCCUUAAUCCCUUACAAAAUCAGGUAAAAUUCAACUUCACAGACACGCCCUCUCAACAAAACCUUUCCCCUGUCCUGCACCCAGCUUCACAAGUCAGCUCAUCCCAUCCAUUAGACUUUGAAAUAGACUGUGGUCCUGAUAAGGUGUGUAUCGAUGACCUUAAAGUGGAUUUCAAUUUCCUAAGCGUAUCUGAAAUGCAUGUUGGCAUAAUAUCGGAGUUGAACAUACUAGUGUCAGUGGAGAACAGAGGGGAGAAUUCAUACAACACCCAUAUAAUUUUUACCUAUCCAAUAGGAUUGUCGUACAGAAAAGUUGAAGUACAGGAUGCUUCCAGUAGGGCAAGAGUUCAGUGCAAUGCCUUGCCCUUUCUGGCCACAGUGGAGCAGAUCUCCUGCAGCAUCAACAGGCCCAUUUUCCAUAGCAAAGCCCAGGCUUCCUUUGUGCUCAGUUUUGGCAUAGAUGGCAAUAGUAAUUUCAAUAAAAACAUACCAUUUACAGCAAACGCUACAAGUGGAAAUGAAGAACACACAGGGAACGAAAACUUCAAAAGAAGUUAUCUUGGUGUAAAAUAUUCAGUUUACUUUCAAGUAACAAGCUCUGAGGAAUCAACUACAUACAUUAACUUCACAGCUGGGAAGAGUGAUUUCAAACAACAUGUACUUCAUUCAUUUAAGGUAAUGAAUCAUUUCAGAAAUCCUGCAGUGACAGUGACUAUAAAAUCACCAAUUAAGCUGGGAGACAAAGAUAUUUGGACCAACAGAAGCAGCCUUCAGAUUCCAAGGUGUCAAAACCAAAAGGAUGAGAAUCCGAAUGUGACCAAUUUUGUGGAGAUACUGAAGAAGACCCAGAUUGUGAACUGCACUAUUGCAGUUUGUGCAGUGAUAAAGUGUACGGUGCACAUGCAAGAGCUGCAAGACACUUUCUAUAACAUCUCCGGCGAAGUAAAAUUGGGGUGGAUAGAGCAGACGCAGCUCAUGGCUCUAGAUUUGGUCAGUACCUUAGUUCUGGAUUAUGACCGGAACCAGUUUGUUUCUGCUACUAAGGACCACAAUCCAAGUGCUGAGGUUAGGACACAUGUGGUGAUACACAUCGAACCAAACUUCACCAAAGAAAUUAUAGGUGGUGUAUUUGGAGGUUUGCUGCUCCUUGCUUUGAUCACAGCUGUGCUCUACAAGGCUGGAUUCUUCAAAAGCAAAUACAGCCAGAUGAUGGAGACUGGAAACGAGACUGCAGGAGCAAGUCCUGAUGCUCCACCAGACGCCGAAUAACAUUUAAGAAGCACUUCAUGCUUAUUUGAUAAUGACAUGUUUUUACAUUUACCUGCAUUCAAAUAUCUUUGGGAGAGCAUAUCAUGAAAUUUUAUUUUGCUGCUUAAGCUUACAGUAUAUUACAUUGCUAAAGCAUUGCUCCAGCAUGGACAGAAGAGUACAUCCAUUUGUUCAUCCAUCCAUCCAUCCUUCAAUUACACUAGUCAACAUGGUUUUUGUUUCCUUCAAAAUUUUUUGUGCACCAGAUAGAUUUUGUGAUGCUGAUCACAGAAAUUACUUUGAAAUCUUCCCAGUGGGCAAGGUUUUUAAGAAACAGCUAAUUUUCUAAUAGUAGGGAAGCAAUGUUAGAAUCGGAGUGGUUUGCAUAGUAAUGGGUAUUCCAGUUUACAUGCCUGGCAGUAGUAGUUCAGAACUAUUGUUUUUUUUUUUUUUUUUUAUAAAUAAGAUAACUGAUGUAAUUUAUACUAGAGACUAAUUUAGAUCAAAUUCUUCAUUAAAAUCUGUCUCAUCAUUUGUACUUGGGCACGUUCAGGCACGCUCAAGCAUGUCUUAAAGCCUGAAGCCCCGGACAGUGACUACAAACGAAAAUCUGCAUCAAAACAUUUCUAAUCUUCUCUUGUGUUGCAAUAUCAUAGCAUAGGCCUAUGCCACUGAAGACGUUAUAAUAUUAAAGGCAUAAUUGCAGUUUUCUUUAAAACCCUACCUGAUUCAAAAAUUUCAAAUAAAUAUUUGUGUUCAGCACAUUAAAAUCUAUUGGUUUCACCCAAAAUUAUGGCAGAAAUAAAAAAAUCCAUAAAAUUUGUUGGCCAGUGUUACAAAUCUGGCACAGGGAACCAACUGAAUGGAAGUUCAGCUGGAGGGUUUGUCCUGUUGGCCUUGAAACUGGAUGAAACACUGGACACGUACUUUUCUUUGGGUUUCUAUCAUUUUUAUUUUAUUUUUGUGUAACUCAUACGUAUGGCAAAAUAAAAGCAUGCAAAUAAAA